AUGAAGUUUUCCGGAGCCGCAUUGGCCGCACUGGCCUCACUCGCGCCUGGCGCCGAGAGCGCGGCCAACUCUACCAGCAAGACGCUCGCAGUUGAGCGUGCACCGGACUUUGUGCGUCCAUACGUGCUGCCACGCUUCCACGGACACUCCGUCAUGCUCACCAAGACACAAACCAUUACAUUUUCCAUCACUGCCAAUUCCUCUGGCGGCGCCUUCUCCCUUGUGCAGCAUAACGGCAAGGUGACCACCUGGCUCAAUGCGCGCCCUCAUACGCACAAGACGUAUCACGAGCACUUUUACUGCUCUCGCGGUCGUGUCGAGCUUUGGACCAAGGGUAAUGCUACUGAUGCCGCUCACGAGGCCCGUGUCGCCAGCCACGGCGACUACGGCAAUGUCCCUCCCGGCACCAUCCACACGUUCCAGCUCGUCGACCCGGACUCGCAGCUCACGCACGCUUUCCACCCGGCCGGCUUCGAAAAGCUAUUUGACGGUGUAUCGGGCGGUGAAUUCGAAUCGGAAGUGCACGCGCCGUAUGUGCCGGACCCUGUGGACGAGCAGCCGUAUGGGCCGAUGACGCCGGAGCUGGUCGAACUGUUCGAGCCGCUGGACCUCUUUGCCGUGCCCGAGGACGAGUAUAUCCCGCGUCGUGACUUUGUCAACGGCACCGCCAGCGAUGAGGGCUUGAACUGGCACAAUGGCACCAACGAGCUGCCGACGGACCCCACCAAGCCUUACUUUGUCGCCAACAACUACGGCCCCAAAUUUCUGAACACCGACAACGGCUACAAAGUCAUUCAGCCCAUUUCGACGGUCGACAACUCUCACACGCACAACUUUACCAUGGGCACCAUCAUCUUGUCAAAGAAGCGAGACAAUGAGACUCAGUCGCAGGUGACGCUGCCCAACCAUCUCGGAAUUCAGAUGGACGACGGCCAGCUCGUCCUCUCCGUUGAGGGCUACAGGUCGGAGCAUCUCCUGGCUGGUGACGUUGCGUUUAUUCCCGCCGGUACCCCGUUCAGCUACCAUGCGACAGUGCCCUUUACCAAGUUUCUGUACCUGAAUGCAGGCCCGCACGGUCUCGAGUACGAACUGCUCAAUCGCAGUGUUUCGUGGGGAUUUCCUUCGUACCCUGUCGAGGGUGGGUUCAAGGCUGUACCUUGA